AUGGAAAAUAACGAUAAAUAUCUGCGACCCGGCACUUGCAGGCGGUGUUUAAAACACAACAAGAAGCGUUCUGUCCAAAAAGCGGAUAGCUUGCGUCGCGAGAUGAGUUAUCCAGAAAACAUUCCCCGGGUUUCGUCGCGUACUCAUCACCCAACCGGGAAACCGCAGGAUACGCGUUAUGACGAGUUAAGUCCUUGCCAAGAUCGUUAUACAACCGGGAAACCGCAGGAUAAGUAUUACGAGGAAGUUUUAGGCCCUUGCCAAGAUAGUUAUGUGUACCGGAAAUCGCAGGAUGAGUAUUACGAGGAGGUUUUGGGCCCUUGCCAAGAUCGUUAUGCAACCCGGAAAUCGCAGGAUAAGUAUACUGAAGAAGGGUUUAGCCCUUACCAAGAUCGUUAUACAACCCGGAAAGCGCAGGAUAAGCCUUAUGAGGAUUUGUUUGGCCCGUUUCAGGAGCCGCAGGAUGAGCAAUACGAGGAAGUGUUUGGCCCGCAUCAGGAUCGUUAUCCAACCCAGGAACCGCAGGAUAAGAUUUAUGAUGAAGUCCUAUGCCCAUGUCAAGAUCGUACAUGUCCGUUUAAUGUUGGACAGUAUAUCCUUCUUGGGCUGGAUUCACCCUUAUUUAAAACACACCGCGCCUAUGAUACCCUGGGAGAACCUGGACUGACUUAUCGCAAGCUUUCGAAGCAAAAGGAUGUGAAUCCUAGGAGUUCCAGACAGUCACAGUAUUUCGAUUAUCCAUCGAUUCCCGAUCUUCAACUGCCGCAGUCGGAAACUGAAGAAGAGGAUGAAAUGGAGUGUCGUAUCUGCAAGAGUUUGCCUCGUAAACAAUCCUCAAAGAGUCCAAAUAAGACAUCUCCAAAUGACCAUGGGUAUUAUGAAAGCGCUAAGCUUUCUGCGCAUUCCAAAUCUCAAAGCGUUCGUGUUACAAGGACUGGCGAUGAUCUCAGGGCAGCAGUUCGUCGCCAGAUUGAAGAGCAAGAGGCUCUCGAGGAAAUGAAGCGUAAGGCUAGAAAGGCGGACUCAUCGGGAUCAUCAUCUGGCGAAGAAACCGUUCGAAUAGCUAGAGAUCCCGAGCCACAGUCAAGGGAACGCCAAUCUUCCGAAAAAUCGCUGCCAAAAGAACCAAGUUCCGAUAACAUGGACUUCCGUCUCAGUGCCGAAGAUAUAAUCCAGACCCAAAUUUUGGAUCCGCUGACAUUGCAAAUUCAGCAUAUGUAUCUAAAUAUCAGGAGAAACGGAUGGGAAGUCAUGGAGGAGCUGCGAAGGAUUCCAGCACAGGUUCGCGAAAUCCAUAGGCAGGCAGGCACUAACGGACGCUAUUGAAAAUGGCUUUGAGUUUCACACUUC